GGUGCCUCUACCCGAGCAAACAUCCGACCCUGAGUCCGUCCAGACGGAGCGAGAUGCUUGGGUCCAGGCCAUCCACAAACUGUGUUCGGACUGGAAGAGGAAGUCCAUGGGUGAACACGUGUUCAUGGAAACGAUGGGCCUGCGAAACAUCAGCAUAGCCGAAGAGUCAGAGGACUCAGACACAGAUCCAGAGCCCAGAGGUGGAGAUACGAGUCCUCCGGUUGAUAAUGAAAACGCAGACUCUGCUUCAAGUGGUGGAGAUCAAUUACAAGCCGGUGACGCAGGUCAAACUGAUCCUUCAAAGCCCGUCCCUAAACCUCGCAGCCCCAGGAAGACCUCUGAUAUUCUGCCUUCCGUCCUGUCAUUACCCUCUCCUUCACCUGCCUCCCCUCGGCCCUCACCUGCUCACGCCGCCCUCACACCCUCCCCCACGGUCCCCGAGGCUCAGUACCAGAGCCCAUCCUCCAUGAGAGCGCCUCCACCCCCGCCCAUCGUACCACCACCACCCGCCCCACCUUUACCCUUCAGAAUGAAGUCACCUUUCAAAAAAGCACGCACCAAGGCUUUCCACUGGGAUGUGGUCGCCGGAGAGAAGAUUGCAAAAUCAUUUUGGAUACAACAAGGAAGCACCAGGAGGAUUGAAAUCGACACAUCCCGCUUAUAUGAGCAAUUUGCCGUUAAAGAUCUGGGGACGCCGGGCGCGCCGGAGCCGAGUAAUACCCAGCACAUUAUGCUCAACCAGAAGAUUGCACACAACUUCAACAUUUUCCUCAAAAGUUUUCCGGUGCAACCAGGAGAGCUGAAGGACAAACUGUUCAUCAUUAAUGAGGAAGACGGAGGCCUGUCUGAUGAGCACAUCACCUCUCUGAGGAGGUACGUCCCGACCAUGGACGAUGUGGAAAUGUACAAAUCCCACAAAGGACCUGUGGAGGAACUGCACAUAGUGGACCGCUACAUGAUGGAGAUGUGCAACGUGCCCUACCUGAGCUCACAACUGGACCUGCUGCUGACGCUGAGGGAGCUCCCGACCGGCAUCAACGACCUGCAGCCGCUGAUUAACCAGAAGAUCAGGAUGUGCACACAGCUCAACAACUGCAGGUCAUUUGUAUCCGUGCUGGAGUACCUCCUCGCCAUCGGCAAUUACCUCAACGAGAACGCCAGGAAGGAAAAGGCCAAGGGAUUCCGCCUCUCCUCCUUAGCUAAACUCUCCCAGUUACGUGGGAGGGACAGGAAGUUCACCUUGCUCCAUGCCCUUGUGGAGCAGAUCAUGUUGCAUGAACCGUGCCUGGCCGCUUUUACCGAGGAGCUGGCAGAAUUUGAAACUGUCCCUGGAGCGUCCAUCAAAGGCCUGACCGCAGAAGUGGAUGUGCUGAAGAAUGAGCUGCAGAAAGUCAUUCAGUACAGAAAAACAUCCAAGAAGAGAAAUGCUGGCGUUCAACACCCGAACUUCUCCAAAGACCUGAAGAUGACAAUUGAGAAAUACAACACGGAUCUCUCGGCAUUGACGAAGACGUGUGAGGAGAUGAAGAAACUCUACUCUGUCACGCUGGUUAAAUUCGGAGAGGCGGCGGAUCAGGACUCUGAGGAGCUCUUUGGGCUCAUCUGCCAGUUCAUCCACGACUUCAAGAGGGCCCACACUGAAAUCAUAUGAGUUGCGGGGCACAUAUUGGUAACCGGUGAUACUGCAGCUGUGCUUAUGAAACAAACCGAACUGAUCCUAAGUUCUUUGUCAGAGUUGGGGAAGAUUAAAGGGUAAGUUCACCCAAAAAUGAAACUCAAGCCCCCCUCAUGCUGACGGACAGUGAGGUGUUUUCUUUUAAAUCCACAAAACAUUUGUGGAGCUUCACAGCCGAACAGGGCUUCAUAUAGCUUGUCUCUAGAAUUAAAAAAACGGGAUUUAUACCCUCUGUGCACAGUCGAGCUUGUUCAACCACUUCACAUAGAUGCUGUUAGCUUAGCAGCCAACGUGUCUAAUACAUCCGCCUGGUCAGUCGCCCUACGCUUCAAAGUUUGAAGCUGUAGCGACCUCAGGGACUGGAGUUCGCCCCUCGUUGUGACCAAGAGUCCAGACUGAUUUUCAUUUAUGUAAAGUAAGUCAGUUUAUGUAUAAAUUUAACCGAAUAGAUGUAACAUACGAGAUCAGAGCGACGUCACGUCCGUUACAAGACUGAAUGAGGUUAUUUUAACCCAAAGUCGGAUAUUUUCCCAAUUUCAACUGAAACGAGACCAUUUAAUAAAGUUUAUACCCAUCAAAAAGUCAUAUUAGUCAUACAAUGCUAAUUGUUCGUCAGCUGGCUUGAUUUAGAAAUACAAAAUUAAAUGAAGGACAAGAUAAAUAUGGGUCAUAAUAAACUGCUUUCCUCUUUUACCUUCAUGCUGUUUUUUUCUGAUGAGGACAAGCUCUCAGCAGCUGCAGGGAAGAUUUCGGUUUAAAAAAGGUUGCAAACAAUGACUUCUCAAUCAAUUUGGGAUCUCUGGGCUUCUGGAGAUUUGUCUUUUCAGUCUUAAUCAACUUCAGCUCAAGCGUCAGAAAUGUUUUUUGGACCAUGACACUUGACCUGACUUUCAAUCGUGUACUUAUCUUUUAAGAUACAAAAAAAAUAUGUAUUUUUAAAGGCAGCAUUUUAUGUUUAAGAGAGUAAAAUGUUGUGUGGAUUUGUAUUUUCAGUGACUGUCUGUAUUUUUCUCCCUGUUUUGUUGUACAGAUAUUUUAUUUCAGUCAUUGGAUGUGCUUCAUUGUAUAGACGUACGGUGUGAAAUGUAAAGUGAUGCACCUGGAGCACAGGACAACAAUGGCAGCGGAAAUCAAUUUUGUGAAUAAAAAAAAAACUGAUCCUUGUGGCAUCUUUUUCAUGUCAGAGGUUGUUGUGAUUUGUGUUGACUCCAUGACUCCUGGAUGCUUGUUUAAAGAUGAAUCGCUAAUGAAGGAUUUGAAAGCUCUCGGUUGUAAGAAACACUCGGAUGCUGAAGUGUGCCGCUAAUACCCAACGGCUCGGCGCUGGCAGAGGAACAGAGGAGACAUCACUUCAGAGGGCAGCUGAGGCUGAAGUGUCUGAUUAUUUCGAACAUGCGACCCUGCUGUGGGUCGGGGACGUUUCCUCCCCUCCUGCUCUCCACGACGAGCUCCAAGGUCGCCUCUGAUUAAGGACCACAUCUGCAGUGUGGCAAUGACAUGAUGAAAAGCAGAGAAUUCCCCUGCCAAAGGUUGAAAGGUAUUCUUAGUCAGUGGUUAGCAAUGAUUCAUGUGGUAAACAGGUCAUGUGUCUGACAUUUUAAUUGGUUGACAGCAACAACACUAUCUGUAGAUAGUUAGUAACUAUGAAAUGAAGUAGGAUGAACGAAACCUCACGACGAGCAGGAUAAGUCACACUUUCACAUCUUUGUAAAAGAGGAAAACACUCAUAUUAAUUAAAAUUUACAUCUGCAAAAAACUUGUUUCAUUAGCAGGAAAAGUGUGAAACCCAUUCAUUCCCUCACU